AUGAGAGAUUUUUAGACAUUACUAUUGGUUCUUGGAUUGGGUUUUGUAAGAUCAAUUCAUUUUGAACUCAGCCUUGACUUUAUAAAAGAUAAACUAAAUGAAGAGCAAGAGUUCUUGCAAGGAUUACUAAAAUAGAAAUGGCAAUCUUUAGGUCAUUCAGAAAAUAUAGCACUAAAUUUCUAGUCCUUGAAAGCUGAGAAUUCAAAAAGUUCAGAUCCAAAUCAUGGUGUUGAAUUCACUCUAGAUGGCAUUGUAGGCAGUAAUCCGUUUACAUCUGUUGUUGAUAUGACAUAUGUGAGACUUCCCCCAUAUGGACCCUUUGUUAACGAUUUGACACAUUCUCUUGUUAUUCAAGGAGUUGAAGAUGAAGCGCUUAGAUCUGAUGUUCACAAAAGUGUUGACUAUUUUAUUCUGUCACUACAAAAUUACACUUAUCAUCACAUUAAGGACUCAUCCUAGUACUUUGCAGCAUUACAUUUUGCCUCCCAUAGCUUAGUAAGACUAUCAUCUAGAAUGUACACAGAUGGACUGUCAGUUUUUCUAGAUUUAUCAUCAAGCGAUCUAUAGAUUACUAAAAAUACUAGGGAGCCUUCUAAGCCAUAUGAGAAACUAGAUAAGUAACAUAGAUACUUUGGCGUAAGUGUACAUGACAAGUACUUAGAGGAUGUUUUGGUAGAUUUAAUAGAAGUAAGAAAAGAGCUCUGCAUCCACUACGAAUUGAAUGCUCGUAAUCUUUCAAGCUAUAACAAAUACUUGAGGUUGGGGGUAAUUUAGCAGUUGUUCCCAGAAUUAGCCGAGGAAUAUGGCACAGAUACAAAUUUCACAUUUGUUUUUAACUCCAUAAAUGCGACCAUUUCUCAAAAUGAAACAGUAUUAAAUAAUAAUAAAGUAAACUUCAAAAAAGAUUCUGCUGAGAUAAUUAUCACUGCAUCUUUUGCCUUUAAGGUACAUGAUCCUAAGACCUUCGUUCCAUUUUCAGACAUUGAUUGGUGGACCCUUGUGAGAACUGGAGUGUUUAGUAUUUCACUAUAAUCUUUGAUUAAGCAAAACCCUAAAAACCCACUUGAAUUCACACUAAAGCCUAAUGUUUAGCUUAAGAGAUUUGAUAUGAUAGAUCCUAGAAUUGAGGAUGAGGAAGAGCAAGUGAUGGAAUUAGAGAGCUAAGCAAUUAAGGGCAUAGGUAACCUUGCAAUCAAAAAGUUCAUGAAGAAAGCGGUAACUGAGCUCUCUGAGGAGCACCUCAAUUAUCUCAACUAUGCAGGAUUUUCAAACUUGAUAACAUUAAACUUGAACAAUGGAUUGCUAGAUCUUGUUUUUAACAGACACUCACCCCGCAAAGAUUUCAAAGUCGAUUUUGACGUUAAUCAAUCUACUGACGGUUUAAGUUAGGCAUUUGAAAGAGCAGUUUGGAAAAGACAACAGAAAUAUGAAAAGGAUUUAAGAAAAAAUCAAAUAGUACAGGAGAAGUAGGAGAACAAGAACGAAGAAAUAAAGGUAGAACUUUGA